UAAAGAUUUUCUUAAACUAAAUAAACAAAAGUUGAAAAAUAUGAGAAUUAUUAUUGAAGCGCCUAAAACGAUCAAUCGCAAAGAAAAAAUCGUAGAAAAAAAUCAUUUUAUACCAAACUACCCCUCAUACGGGCUGUGAUAUAAUAAAGUGCAAAUAAAAAACCCCAAAAUUGUGAAAAUUUGAUCUCAAAAUUUUUUUAUAAUUCAAUAAAAGACCAAAAACCAAAAUUACCUACAACAUGAAUCGACGCUGUUUGCAUUGGAGCUAUUUGAAUUACAAGGAGAUACCCAUGGACUUGUAUUUGUAUGAGGAUUUGGAAGAGGUCUAUCUCAAAGAAAAUUAUAUAGCGGCCAUACCCAAAUGGUUUUUAAAUUUAACCACCUUGAAAUUUGUGCAUUUGGCCGGCAACAAUAUCACCACAUUACCGGAGGAAUUGUAUUUGCUGGAGAAUUUGGAAUUCUUGGAUGUCUCCAAUAAUCAGCUGCAGGAAUUGCCACCAUCCAUUGGUUAUAUGAUCAAUUUGUUGCAUUUGAAUGUGAGCUCAAACCAGUUGACGGAUUUGCCCAAAACCAUUACCUAUAUGAAACGCUUGGAAUCUCUCAAUCUAUCGAAAAAUAAUCUAAAACGUGUACCUCUGCAUAUUUGUGAAUGCACUCGCCUCAAUGAGCUGAAUAUCACGGAUAACACUGAAAUAUGGCACAUUCCGGAAAGGGUAUCCUAUAUGCCUUCACUGCAAAUGCUUUCAGCAGAUCGUUGCUCCUUAAUUUACCUGCCAGUGGCCUUGGCCAAAUUCCUUGACUAUCUAAGGAUAUUCAAUAAUGCUGCAAUUAAUCACAUACCCAUCAUAUAUGAGAAAUUCUAUCAGAACUAUUUUGAGACACCGAACAAAGCGCCACAUAUUUCUGUUACACACAAGGACUUCUUCUGGGUGGUCGAAAAGGAGACCUUCAAGAAACUGUUGUUGCCCAUUGGUACUCGUAAAAUAUUUCCCGUGGACAAAAAGGAUAAUGAAGUAACGCUCUACGAUGAUUGUCUGAAAGCACUGGAGUUUUACAAUCGCAAUUCGCCAUUUUAUGAGAUUAAAGCCUUAAAAUCUUUUCUACCAGAGAAAUGUAUGGUCGAUCAUUUGCGUAAUGGACCCUUGGCAAGAUGUACAGUGUUUAAAUGUUCCAAUCCUUUAUUUACUACCUACUAUUUUAUGGUAGUUAAGAGAAGAGGCAGCACUUCCCGCCAAAUAUUCACCUGCUAUUUCUGCACACGAUACUGCGCCAAUGUCUGGCUUAAUGACAACAACAAAAAGUACUAUUGUGUUGAUUGGGAAGUAUGUGAUGAUUGAAGUGAUGAGAUAAGAUGAUAUCAAAAAAAAUUCCUGUCUAUCCUUUUUAGCCCUUAACAAUGAUUUUAUAGUUGAACAACUUUGUUUUACAAAAUGUUUAAGUUUAUUCUUUAAGCACUUAGUUUGUAUAAAUAUAAUAAUUUAACAAAAUUGUUAAUAGGUUUGUAACUAUUAGUUUAGUAGAAUUUAUUAAAUACAGUCUUUUUUAACUCUUUACAAUAUGAAAGUCUUAGUUAGCGGGGUAUUGUACAUCAUUUUACGCUGGUUUGUCCCAUAAGGUCUUCUUGCACAUGUGUAUGUUGAUCUAAUAGGCAAUUUGUUGCUUUGGGAUAGCUGGUCUGGCAGUCGACACCUUUUUGGCCCAUAUGCCACGCAUCCACAUAGGCGGCAUCCAUAUUGUGAUGAGGUCUGUAAGGAGAGAAAAUGAGAAUGCAUUGUUGAAGUUGAGCAAAUUAUAAAAUGGCCUCACAUAAAAAAU